AUGAAUUAACGAUCAUUAUAAUCAAAUUACUAAAGGCUUAACAUUCCUGUAAAAUGUUUGCCAGAAAAAAUAUUAUAGUCAAAUAAUAUCUCUACAACCUCAGAAGGAUAUAAUGGAUUCUCAAAUUUUAAGAAAUUGAUUUUUGAGUAUUGCAAAAAAUCAGAAUUCCAAAGGUGUCAAAUAUUAAUUUAAGAUUAUCUAAAAUGUCACAUCAAUUCUAAAUAAAAAUGUUAGUAAAAUUAUGAUUCAUAAUACAGAUAAAAUCAAUUUGAAUUAUGAGGAGAUGAUUUUUUGGUUACGUUAGCAUUUUAUAAUUAGCGAAGAUUAAGCAAUUUAUUUACAGAAAAUAUAUUAAACUUCAAUCGUUGACUAUUAAACAUUAAUAAGUGUUCUUUAUAUGCUGCAUGAAUUUUUAGAUCAAGAUAAUUACAGAGAUUAAAAUGUAAUACAUUUACAAUAUUUUAGCUAAACAUAUUAACUGAUAUUAAAUAAAUGCUCAAAUGA